AUGGAUAUACUGGCGAUCAGGGAGUUGGACAAGCUUGAUCUGGAGAAAGGGUUGUUCAUCCAGGAAGUCACGAGCAGUGAUGGUAGCCCCACCAGCAACACGGAAACCCUGAAUAGCUCAGAUUUUCCCUUCCGAGAGGCUGGAGGAGACGACAGCGGCGAACAACCGUUCGUACGCACUCAGAUUGCAGAAGAGAGACAAGGAUGCCGAGAGUGGCUCUUUUUCCCUGCCUGCAAAGCACAGUUCUCCUUCAUUUUGGACCACUGGGCUGCCAAGUCCAAAGAGACCUUCCAAGAGGUGAAGGAGUUGGAGCAGGAGAACCGAGCACAGGGGCAGGAUGGCUAUAAGAAGUGUCUGAUGAAAAAUGCUUUUGGUCGGAAGAAGCAGGAGCUUGUCGACAGGCUUACGAUGGAGUGUAAGGAACUCGCAUUCGCCCAACCAGACCAUGACAGAGGAUUGGACCCUGAAAACUCGGGCUUUGGGUUGCUUCCUAAAGGCUACCGGUCUCUGGGCCCACGGCCCAGCGCCAUCGACAACUUUGUGGUUUCCACCGCGGAGAUAAUGAGCAAAGCAGGUUGUAGCGUCAAGGUAAUUCUGUUCUAA